GUUCUGUUUUCUUUCUAAAACAAAACUCGGUGUUUUCAAUUUAUCAAAUCAAAGUAGAACUGUAAUUAAGUAUAAAAUAGAUAGCAUCAUUACAUUGCAAAAAAAAGAUUCAAGUGUCGACUAGUUUUAUAGAUUUGCGACGACUAUGCAGUCCACCGUGGGUCUUCGUCACUUGCUCCAGCAGACCUCCCACCGCCUUCCUCUUCAUCACACUCACGUCACCUCCUUUAGUUCUAAAACCCCCAUCAAGUCAAGCCUGGGAGUAGCCGCUCGCCCAACCUCGGUCACUCAAGGCGCACCCUUUCCCCACACCUACCAAGAGUUCCCCCCCUCCCACGGACUCAACCUCGUCUCCCAACAACAACAGCAGCAGAAAAACAAAACACCAGUGGCGGCCACAUCUUCAACAGCCUUGAUUAAGCGACAACCCAGGUUGAAGCGAAAAGAGAUUUUGCGAAUGGAAGAGUCCGAGCUAAAAGGUUACGCCCUGCUCGAGAAGAAAUUACCUCUUAUCGAACGUCGUGGCGAGGCAACCACGUACCCCCUUCUUAAGUUGGGAGACGAGGCCAGUAGAAGCUACCCGGACUACUUUGCAUUCUUUCAUGGCGAUUGGGAUCUCAGACCGCACGUGCUUAAAAGAUGGUGGGCUUCACUGGACACGGAAAUGGAACUCAAACAACAAGAGAUAAAUCCAGCUCGCCAAAAGGUUUUGGGCUACGACUUGUCAGUUGCUCACUUUGUGGUGGCUCGUAAAGGAAAGAUUCGCUUUCGAGGUCACACCGACUGGGUUACGGAGUACCGAAUUGAUGCCAAACCGGGUGUGGAUGAGCUGGACCUCCCAGUCAUAUCCCAUGCACUUUGUUCCCUUCCUACGCAUUACGACCCGAGGUACAGGGUUGAAGCCAUCGACUGCACCGGCCUUCCGCUAAUGUACGAAGGGCUCGGCAAUUUUCAAAAUCUUAAUUAUGUAAAAUGGCUCAGCUUUAAAAGCACCCCAUUCAUUGACGAUUGGUGCUUGGACAGGAUAGCAAGAUUGUUUUACGAAAACCUGGAAUACAUUGAUUUGAGCGGAUGUACCAGAGUAUCAGAGAGAGGAAUUGGAGCGUUGAUAAAGUGCAAAAAUUUAAAAACGCUUGUGGUGGAAAACUUGCCGCAUGCCAAACAUUUGGAAAUGGUGACUGCCAUGUUGGAGGAUCAACUCCCAGAACUUGUCGUCAUUGGGGUUGACUAUGACAAAAAAAUGCAACAGCUUAGAACUGAAGGAGAGGAAAUUGAACGCAAAUUAUUAAAAGCUGCCGAAGAGUUGGAGGCAAAUACCAUUACCAUUGAAGAACCCACAUCCGCAGCAGCACCAGAAUCACCUCAAGACACAGAACAUACACGGAAUGAAGGUGUAUCGAAUAGAUAAUCAAGUGCUAAUACCAAUUAUUAAGUAGGUAAACUUGUAUGAGAUAUUGUAAUUAUACUGUUAUUCGCAAUAAAAAUCGUAAAUAAAUAACAAAUUACCACCUCAA